UUGUGGUGUGUGGAGUGGACUUCAUAAAAUUGAUUCGACUUAAGCACUAGUCCAGUACAAAUAAUAUCCCGAGGUUUUAAUAAAAUUUCAUCAAAAUGAGCUCAAUGAGUGAUUUCCAACUUCAACGGGAUUUCAUGUACCUGUUUGAGCGUAUGAGCGAGCCCCUGGGCUACGGAAUUAAGGGAUCUGGUGAAAACAUGGUGUACUACAGGAGCCCGACAAUGGAGCCCGCCAUGGCUGCCGCGACUGAAACCAUGAUGGGCCAAGUUCAGCAAACCAUCAAUAUUCAAAUGCCUGGCAAAAUGCCUAUGGAGGAAUUGAAGGAAAUCAGCAAACUCUGCCCAAAAAGUGGAUUGUUCGGUCAUUUUAUUCCAAACCAUAGAAAAGCCCUCAUUUCACUGAGGAAUGUUUUGAUGGACCAAAACUCUACGUCCGACCUGUUUAACAUGGCUUGUUUUUGUCGGGAUAAUCAAAUGGUGCAUCCUCUCCUCUUUGUAAAUGCUCUCAGUAGUUGCUUGGCGAAUCGACGUGACACAAAGAAAUUCAGCAUGCCUGCCUUUUACGAGGUGAUGCCUGAGAUUUUCUUUUCUGACCAUAUUAUGAAGCAGGCAGAGAAAAUGGCAAGAGUUCAAGACAGUUGCAAGAAUCGAAUCAUGAUUGACAGAAAUACGACCGGUCAUCAAAAUGACCCCGAAAGCCGUUUGUGGUACUUUCGUGAAGACAUUGGAGUGAAUAGCCAUCACUUUCAUUGGCACGUCGUCUUUCCAGGCGAUUAUGGACUUCGUAAUGAAGUUAAAAGGGACCGGCGUGGAGAGUUGUUUUAUUAUAUGCAUCAUUCCAUGAUUUCACGAUAUGACGCUGAACGACUUUGCAAUGGAUUAGCUCGAACAAAGUUAUUGGAUUUUGACAAUUUGGUGAUUGAGGAAGGAUAUUUCGGAAAGCUGUAUUCUACAAAUGCAGGAAGGCACUGGGGAACACGACAAGCAAAUACAAGACUUGUGAACUUGGUGGGAGCAAAUGAUGAAUUGCUGAUUGAUAUUGAUUUGAAAGUUGAAGACCUAAAAAGAUGGCGAGAUAGGAUUCUCGAAACGAUUGACACUGGGGUUAUAAUACGGAAAGUCGACGUAGGAGAUAAACGGGAGCAACUUACAGAAGACACUGGGAUUGAUGUGUUGGGGGACAUUAUUGAAAAUUCUCAAGACUCUCCACACCGUCAGUACUAUGGGGUUGAUGGGUUCCACAAUAUGGGUCACCUUCUCAUUGCCUUCUCUCAUGAUCCCACUGGAAAAUUCAGAGAAUUCGUCGGUCCUAUGGGUGAUACAUCAACUGCUAUGAGAGAUCCUGCGUUUUACCGAUGGCAUAAAUAUUUGGAUGACAUGUUUGACAAGUACAAACGAACUUUGAACGAAUACAAGUUGAAUGAAGGAAAGUGGGCUUUGAAGUGGGACGGCAUCAAGAUUGAAUCCAUGAAAGUGAUCAACUCGAAUUCAAAAUUUAAGGAAAAUGAGCUAUCCACACACUGGGCUCAAUCGGAUAUUGAUUUAGCUCGAGGUUUGGAUUUCUAUCGCACUGAGGCUCGAAAUGGGGGUCCGGUACUGGCUACUUUUACUCACUUGAAUUAUGAUGUAUUCAAGUAUCAGAUACAGAUUACAAAUAAUAGUACUAAACCAGUACAAGCCACAGUUCGAAUUUUUAUGGCUCCACGACAUGAUGAACACGGGGAUCCUUUCCGAUUGACUAUACAACGUCUACUAUAUUUUGAAAUGGACAAGUUUGGAACUAAACUGAAGCCCGGCAACAAUACCAUUGAGCGAUCUUCCUUGGACUCAUCAGUUACGAUUCAAAUGGAUGCAAGUUUCGACAUUUUGGAAAAGUUGAAUCGCGACAAACAACGCGAUGACUUUCGAACUGGAGACGAUCAAAGCAGAUGCGGAUGUGGAUGGCCUCAACACCUGCUUUUGCCUAGAGGCACUCCGUUUGGGACACAGUUUGACCUCUUCGCAAUAGUUACCGAUUGGGAAAAGGACGCCGUAAACUCAAGAAGCGGUCCAACUCCCCUCAAGCCGCCAUGCAAGGACGCUCUCAGUUUCUGCGGAAUUUUGAACGAGAAAUAUCCCGAUGCUCGCCCAAUGGGCUACCCUUUCGACAGGAGGCCAUACAACAAUCCGGAAAUGGCCCAACCCACUGAAGUGCGCAACAUUGAGGAGUACGUCAAAUUCAUUCCCAACGCAUCUACCACGAAGAUCCGCAUCAUCCACGAAGCUGACGUAGUGAAGAGGGGGAAACAAAAGGACAACGGAAUGGGAAUGGUGAACGAAAAAGGAGAAGUCCUCCAAACCCCUCGAUGCUCGUCGUCGUCUUCGUCAUCAUCAGCGGCAAGUGGGGGCGGAAUGAAAAACUCGUCCCCACCACCACCAGAAAUCAACGCAAACAAGGACAAUCGCGGAAAGAAGAUUUUAUUCAUUCCGCCCAAUCGAGGACCACCAAACAGGUUUCAACCCGGUCAGGAAAACAAACAAUGGCAGGGCCCCAGCGCCUUUUACGGUUUCAGGGGAGGGAGGGAGCCCGGUAUGGAUGAAUUGGAUUCAGAUUGGGAUUAUGUGCAUGAUAACAACAACUGACAUACAUAAAAAAUUAUCAUAUACCAUCAGCAUCAACUUGGAAUUAUAGUAAUUUUUUGUACAGAAUAAAAUGAAUUCAUAAAAUAACUGCAA